GAUACUCAGUGAAUGAAGUACAAUGGAGUAUUAUCAGAGACUUUCUAAUGUGGAGAAAUAGACCCAUUUACAUCCGACGUCAGCAAAUAUUUGCGCGCGCAUUUUGGCAACAGAAGUCGUGUUAUUUUCCAGCAGUUCUGAUUGAGGAAGAGGAGGUAGCAACCAGUUAGUAGGUAUUCACGAACUGUAUAAGGCAUCAACAUGUCAGGUUGUUGCGUGUACGGUUGUACUAACCGCUAUUCAACCAGUGGACUUAAGUUUUAUAGGAUUCCGACAGGACCACGACCAUUUCAGAGCAACCGAAGGCGUCUGUGGCUGCAAGCUAUUAAACGUGUGGACUGGAAUGAGGACAUCAUCAAAAAUGCUCGUGUCUGCGGCGCCCACUUUAUAUCAGGCGAGAUGUCAUUGGACUCUAGUAGUCCUGAUUUUGUGCCAUCUGUGUUUACAUACACAAAACAAAGCCAGAACCCAGGUGCAAAGAUGGACAGGUACACACAGGAAAAGGAGGAGAGAAGACGGACCUAGUGCUGCAGCAAACCAACGUGCUCCUUCUGAAACUCCAGAACCUCCAGAACAAGAAUGCAGCAUGGAUCAUUGUCCUGCUGAAGAGGACAUCCCAGUUCCAAGGAGAGAAUAUGAUGAUCUGAACCUGAAAUACUGUCAACUUCAGGAGGACUAUGUCAACCUGCGACAGGAAUUGGAGACACUACGAGCAGAAAAUGUAAAGCUGAAAGAGGAUCUACACAAAUCUACAUUCUCCUACACCACUGUUAAAUGCAACAUUACACAAUUGCUUUUUCUCACAGGACUGACCUCUGUAGUCUUUGAGUGGCUGAUUACCAAAAUAAUGGGCAGCGUAGAGAGAAUUCACAACAAACUUACAGUAGAGGACCACCUAUUGAUUAUAUUGAUGAAAUUAAGGUUGGGCCUAUGCAAUACUGACUUGGCUUAUAGAUUUCAGGUAUCAAAAACCACCAUAUCAAAUAUUUUUAUGGAGCUGGGUCCCUGCUAUGGCCUUCAUCCUCAAGCCACUCAUUAA